AGGGACAACUUCCAGAUGUAGAUGAGGUGUACACCAGAGGUGAUGGAUGAUUUGCGCAGGCCAUGCAGAAGGAAGGAUCCGCGGUCCCAUGCAUGGGCUUCCCACCCAGAGGUAUUUUUAUCAGCAGAGGUGUGGAACCGCCCUGAGAAAGGAGCUUUGGCAGAGUGGGCGCUUGGACUCGAGGCCUUGGCCGUUAAGUUGAAGGCUGUAGCCGCGGUGCUUCUUCGAUUUAUCGAGGAUCCAGAAAAUCGUACAGCAGCAGUGCAGGCUACGCUGAGAUCAGCUUUGCAUCACUGCGCCUGGGCCCAAGCUUGUCAUCACGGGCUGUGGACGCUGUGGACGCUGUGGACGCUGUGGACGCUGUGGACGCUGUGGACGCUGUGGACACAGGCGCUAGUGAGCCAUCACGAGGUCCUUCCAGCGGUUCGCCUUUUCACUUUGAAGUCCGGUGCCGCCCCACAGGAGUGGCGGAAAGGACUUGCAAGGAGUCCAAAGCCUGUCAGAACUAGGAAUAUCUUGCCCCAUCGGCACGAAGCGGAUGUCCUUUCUGAUCGCCAGCGUGCAGUGCUUCGGAGCCUGCAGGCGGCUUCCGAUUUGGGUGUUCCGGAGGCCACACAGCUUGCCAAGGAAGUGGCCGCGCACUUCUAUGCCUGUGCGCAGCUUGCAAAGCAUGCACGCCACGUGGCAGUGUCCCCAGCCGAAAGCGGAAUGCUUGUUGCAGACUCAGCAGAGGCACACUCAGUCACUCGCCAGGUUCGGCUGGGACCUUCCACGCCUCGAACCAAAGGCGCGUCGCUUGUUGACCGCUGGAUUCAAGCACCCAUGCGCUGCAAAUCUGCUGCAGAGGAUCCUGGGCCUAGCCCGAUUCUCCAGAUUGGCCCUGUGCUGUGCGGUGGACUGGAUGCUGCUGUCAUGGAGCUGGCGCAAGGGACGGAGCAGAUUGCCGAGGCUGACAAGAGAUCUCCGCACAUGAGGUCUGAGGCAUCCAAGACUCCGGAGUUGCAACGCAAGGCUCGAAGACCGAGCUCAGCAAGGCCACGCGUGAAGCCAUGAGGCACCUCGUGCCACGCGAUCAACAAGUUUGUAUUCAACCUGUGGCAAAGCCCCACAGCAGAUGCGUUUUUUUUUUUUCACGUGGACCAAGUAUGAAGAGACUUUGACUUAUCUUUGAGGAUUCAUGAGCAGUGCUACUAUCGCACAGUCUAGCGCAAUCCUUUGAUAGAAGCAGACAGCUUGAAAACGCGUGCGAAGCACGCGCAGCAAGUUCACUGGCAAUAUCACACACAUAACUAUGUGUCGUAGACAGCUACGGAUGCGGUAAAAAUGACGAUGCAGUUUGCUGAAGUCUCGU